AUGGCAGAGCCUGGACAUAAACAGUCUGAUUUAAGUGAAUCAGUUUUAAAGAGUUCAGCAGAGGAUUUUGAUCACAAAUGUGUGCCUUGUCUGUCAUCUGAUAAACAAAUUGUUGAAGCAACUGGAUUUUGUGUGACAUGUCAGGAGUUUCUGUGCAGAGAAUGCUUCAACUUUCAUAAAAAGACGAAAGUUCUUAAGCAUCAUGAACUGCUUGAUGGAGGAAACAUGCCGAGGGGCAGUCCUCCUUACACGAAGGAACAUAUUAGAUCUAUACCGGAGAUUUUCACACAGAGAUGUUCUACACAUAAUAAUGAAUUUAUUAAGUUUUUCUGUCCCAUGCACGAGACUGUUGGCUGUACAGUCUGCAUGACCAUUGGUCAUAAAACUUGCAAAAUAGAUUAUAUACCUGAAAACUGUACAGGAAUUGCAGAGAGUGUAGAAUACAGCAACGUUAUACAGAAGUUGGACAAGAAAGUAAAAGAUACUGAUGCGGUUUUGAUAAAAGCAGGACAUAGGGACAAGUUUUUAGAUCUUCAAUAUGAUAACUUUAUCACUGAAGUAACAAAAUAUCGAAAAAGAAUUGACAAUCGAUUAGAUGAACUUCAAGAGAAAGUUAUUGAAAUUGCAGGAAAAAGGAGAUCCCAGGACAAAAAAGCCAUUGAAGAAGUAAUUGGUAAUUGUAAUGACACUUCGAGUGAAGCCAAAAAAACGCGGAGCAGUUUGCAAGACAACAAGGCAUCAAAGCAGAAUAUACAACUGUAUAUAAAUAUCAAACAAGCUGAAUCAAAUCUCAAAACAGAUAAUAUACAACAGGAUGAGCAAUCAUUAGAUAAAAUAAAUGUACAAUACAAGUUUCAACAUAAUGAGGACCUAGAAAAAAUGAUUGGUAACCUGAAUGCCUUUGGAAAAAUAAGUUUCCCGUCAAACCUUUCGAAUAAAGAAAUUUAUUCAAAUUGCCUGACAUAUGUUGAUAAAAUCAAUAUAAGAACUGAUUCCGACAAAGCUUUCUUCAAAUGUCACGUCAUAGGAUGUGCUGUGCUUAGCUCCAACAAAAUUGUCCUGAUUGAUAGUUUCCACAAUCAGAAGCUGAAAGUUGUAGAUACAGAUAGUAAGACUGUGAUAGAGGAGAAAGUGAUGGACGCACCUCCAGCUGGAAUCACAGCAAUACCAAAUGAUCAGAUAGCUGUGAUAAUUCCAAAGAAGGAAAAAAUAUUGAUAAUGUCAGUGUUGCAUAACUUUAUGUUGCAUCAUUAUUCUACACCAAUAUAUGACCCAGAUGGUUCAAUAGAUUUCUGUUUGCUUUUAAGGCCAUUUGUGCUAAAUGUCUUCUUCAUCAUUUCUGUGACGUAA